UAUUUGUGAAAAAAAUAUGUAAAAUGCUCUUGCGUUUCAAAGUGAAUCGGGAAUUUUAGAAAACAGGCCGGAUCCACCGAAACUAGAAGCCACAUAGCGACGUCACAACAUCAAGCAGCCCCCAUCCGAUUUCUGGAGAGGAGCAAAGAACGCGUGCUAAAUGCAGACGCAUGUGUUACGCAGUGCCGUGUUAUCUCGCUCGUCAUUGCCGCCGCCGCCACAAUAAUUGGACGUUGUCCACAGAGUGCUCCUAGGACCUGAAGUUCUUAAAAAAGAAACUGGAAGAGUGCGCCCCUGGUAGCCAUGAGUUUUUCCAGCGACGAGGUAAACUUCCUUGUUUACCGAUAUCUGCAGGAGUCGGGCUUUCUGCACUCCUCCUACGUGUUUGGCAUUGAGUCGCACAUCUCGCAGAGCAACAUCAACGGAGCCCUGGUGCCACCGGCCGCCCUGCUAACCAUCUUACAGAAGGGUCUCCUCUACACAGAGGUGGAGUGGAGCGUCGGCGAAGACGGCGAGGUGGCGCGCCCCAUUGAGGGCCUAUCCCUGAUCGAUGCUGUGAUGCCGGAAGUGAAGCCGCCCAAGCCGGUGGUGAAAACGGAGCCUUGCAAACCAGGCGUGGACUCCACUGCACCGACAGCCACAAAUGCCAACAGCAAUGUGAAGGCCGAGAUUAAGGUGGAGCCGGGCACGGUCAAUGCGGGGGCCACAAAGUCAUCUAGCAGCACCACAGGCACCACCACGCCAACAGAGUCCACCAACGAGGUGGACUCCAGCGGGAGUGCUGCAGCCACUGCCAAUAACGCUGCCAGCGGGGCAAGCAACGGCAAUGGUACCCAGGCAGCCACUGCCGGCUCCACCAACGCCACAGCCCCAGCUGCAGGCGAUUCCUCCGCAACAGCCGCCAGCGGAGCCAACAAAAAGGCCAACUCCAGUGAGCCCGGCAGUUCGACGGCGGUCAACAAUACGGGCAAUGCAAAUGCAACGAGCACAGACGACGCCGCCUCAUCCACAUCCACCAACGGUAACAGCAACACCUCCAGCAGUGCCGAGCAACCGUCAAGCGGCGCCGCUCCGGUCGGAGCCGCUGUCUCGACUUCCAAUCCCGAUACAGCUGCAGCCGCCGGAGGAACCGCCGCCGCGGGGGCCAAAACGUCCACUGCGGCCGUCACAAUACGAGUGGGAACCCAGCCCAACAAUGUUGCGGCGGGCACAGCCACAGCUCAGAGCUCAGCUCCCAGCGGGACCAUCUCCUCCUCCACGGGAGGCACCCCUGCCCCCGUCGAGGCCAUGGAGAUUGACCAGAGCAUCGAGAUACCCGAGUCCAAGGCCCGCGUUCUGCGUGGCCACGAGAGCGAGGUGUUCAUCUGUGCCUGGAAUCCCAGUCGGGACCUUCUGGCCAGUGGCUCUGGCGACAGUACUGCACGCAUCUGGGACAUGUCCGAUGCAAACACCAAUUCCAACCAGCUGGUGCUGAGGCACUGCAUCCAGAAGGGCGGAGCAGAGGUGCCCAGCAACAAAGAUGUCACAUCCCUGGACUGGAAUUGCGAUGGGUCGCUGCUGGCCACGGGAAGCUACGAUGGCUAUGCGCGCAUCUGGAAAACAGAUGGCCGCUUGGCCUCGACUCUGGGCCAGCACAAGGGACCGAUUUUCGCUCUCAAGUGGAACAAAUGCGGCAACUACAUUCUCUCCGCCGGAGUGGAUAAAACAACAAUCAUUUGGGACGCUUCCACGGGCCAGUGCACGCAACAAUUCGCCUUCCAUAGUGCCCCCGCCCUGGACGUCGACUGGCAGACGAAUCAGGCUUUUGCGUCGUGCAGUACGGAUCAACGGAUACACGUGUGUCGGCUGGGCGUGAACGAACCGAUAAAGACUUUCCGGGGCCACACCAACGAGGUGAACGCAAUCAAGUGGUGUCCGCAGGGCCAGCUACUGGCCUCCUGUUCAGACGACAUGACACUGAAGAUCUGGAGCAUGAAUCGGGAUCGCUGCUGUCACGACCUGCAGGCGCAUUCCAAGGAGAUCUACACGAUAAAGUGGUCUCCCACGGGGCCGGGGACGAACAAUCCGAAUACGAAUCUUAUUCUCGCCUCGGCCUCCUUCGAUUCCACUGUGCGGCUGUGGGACGUGGAGCGGGGUAGCUGCAUCCACACGCUCACCAAGCACACGGAGCCCGUCUACUCGGUGGCCUUCAGUCCCGACGGCAAGCACCUUGCCUCGGGCAGCUUCGACAAGUGCGUGCACAUAUGGAGCACGCAAACCGGGCAGCUGGUCCACAGCUACAAGGGAACCGGCGGCAUCUUCGAGGUCUGCUGGAACUCCAAGGGCACCAAGGUGGGCGCCAGUGCCUCCGACGGCAGUGUGUUCGUUCUCGACCUGCGGAAGUUCUGAUCCUCGGCUCCCAAUGGCGUUGUGGACACACCAUCAGCGCCAGCCCGCGUCCAGGAGAUUCUGAGUUUUGUCUAUUAAAGAACGCUUCGAUUUAAACUGUACACACACACACCUUCAACACGAUCUGUUACCCGCCACUGUUUCUCGGCAUCUCGAUUCUUGGAUGGACUCUCUUGUUCCCAUGAAGCAAUAUCCAUUUCAUUCGUACCUUCAGAGAUGUCCAAGAGAUUGAGAUAGAUCCACCCGCCCGCGCCCCCUCCCCUAUGCUUUUGUCCAAUCU